UUUCAAAAGGAAAAUGUGCGGAAGCGCAACACACCGGAAGGAUGAAGGUUUUUACAUUCCUCUACCGGCCAUUUUGUUGCCUUUCCAGCCCAUUCAACAUAGCGAACAAGGGGAAAGAAAAUUCGCUGAAACUCGUCGACGAGUGCACAUAGCUUGCGCCUACUGCUCCCCCCUCCAUGAAGCUUCCCAUUCCGAGACCGAGACCAUGGCGAAGGACUUAACGCAACGGAACGUGCGUCCGCCUCGAUGUCGCUCUAAUUCCUUGGGCUUGGGGAGAAAAGAUCCACCGGCCCAACCGGUCGAUUGUCGGCCAUUUUUCCCUGUCCAAAUUCCUUCACUUUUGUCCAUUUGCAGAUCUACCUGCCGGUGGGGAGCAGGUUAUGCCUUUCGUCCCACCUUUCGCUCCAUUGCGCUCGCAGCGCUUGUAGAAGAUAUCGACAACCGGCAACCAGCAUCCAGGCCGCACAGAGGAAUGCCGCCUUUCAAGCCGCCGGAGUUUUGUCAGUUUUGUAAGGGGCCACCAACAAGAGAAUGGAAAUCUUUCACCGGCCUUCGACAGGAACGACCCUUGCCCUCUUCCCCCAUAAAGCAACCUCUCUCCCGCGCCCUGGUGGAUCUCCCGAAAUACUAAUUCCGAAAAUGUUUUCCCAAGUGCAUUACCGUAAACUGAACUGCUGCUGUUGCUGUUGCUGUUGCUUCUCUCGCUCCCUCUCGUUCUCGUUGGAGUUUAUUUUCUGUAACAAUAGCCAUUGGAAAUGGUGCUUACGGUGGUGGUAGUGGUGGUGGAGCCCGAGAUGGGGUAUAUUUUGGGAGUGCUUUUGGGUGUCGCUGCGUCGCUGUGUGUUGGUUUUAAAGUUUGUCUGCCAUUUCCGGGACCGCCACCGGGUUCGGCGUUCCUCAACUAAGAAAAGCAACUCAACGAACCGUUCCGCAACGCAACUGACGUCAGAAAGUGUGGUCGGCACUGGUGGCCUACCUUUGCCACAAUUCUCAAUAGUGGGGACUCGGGAUGUCUCUUAUCGAUGAAAUAUAAAUGCAGCACCAAUCUUAUCGAAAGCGUAUCCGUUGGGGUUGAACUCCGAAACUGAACCGAAUGGAGGGCCCAAAGGAAGGAGAUGGUCGUGAAUUCGAAUGGAUCUUUGAUGAUUACGGGGCUUGCGUUGGGCUUGUUAUGAUGGAAUGGGAAGGGACGAUAACAAUUCCGUAACCGGGAGAGGGUGGAGGCAAUCUGGUACUGUUAGGGUUUCCGGCAAAGAAACAUGAAACAUUCGGAGUGGAAUUCGUGGGGCCUUACCGUGUAGUAACGAGAAUUCCGAUGCGAACCCGCGUCUAAUUGCCGACGUUAUGCAAGAAUGAUGAACUUGUGAUGUGCCGGGCGUGUCUUACCGAGUGUACUGAGUGGUUAAAUAUUUAGCUCUUUCUUCGUCUUUGCUCGGAUGCCUCCGUCGAUGCCGCUUAUGUUU